CUCCUGCCUGCCCUGGACUCUUGGAGCAGGCAAACUAGCUCUCACUCACACUCACACUCACGCUCACGCCAGCUGGGACUGACAGGCUGACUGACUGACGUCCGACACUUUCCACAGCGACAAAAAAAUCAAAGGGCAAGCCAUUCUGGGAUUUAACGUGUCAAAACCUCGUCGGCUUUGCUGGUUUGUUUGUUUGUUUGUUUGUUGUGGUUGCAUUUUUGGGGUCUUUUUUGGCUUCUUUUUUGAAAUCUUCACGUCAUUGAACCAAAAAAAAACUAACUCAGGGUCUUUUUUUGGGCUUCGUUUUGCUUGUUGUUGUUAAAUUGUUUCCCCCUCUCUCUCUACUAUUUUGCCACCAUUGCUCGUUUUGCUGGAGGCUUUUGUCUGUGUGCUCCGUGUCUUAUGACGUGCUUCUCCGCUGAGGUGCCUCACUUUAGAUUUAGACACGUAAGAACUUUCAAGCGCAGGAAGAGACAACCGCCGGCGUGUAUUGCUGCGUUUCCUUCUAGGACACGUCGAGGACAACACCAACAACGCCGCAACCGUCCCCGCGCUCUCACACCACCGCCAGAGGUGACUUGGCUCCUGCUGGAAUGAAUAUAUCGGAGUCCAGUUACUGUCGAGAGGCCACCAGUUCCCAGCCGCCGCUGCCGCCGCGCCGGCCCGAGCGCUCGUGGGUGGCGGCCCACAGCCCCGUCGGCGCUGACCGCCACGGGCAGGGCUACGACCGCAGCCUGACCAGUAUCACCACCUCCACCGCCACCAUCACCACCGAGCUGGGGGCCCCUCCUCUGGGUACGGGGGCGCCACCACCAGGGGCCGACAGCAGGACCAGCAGCCCAGACUCCACGCGACCCCAUGGAGGCCCCACUUCCCUGGGUCUCGGGGAGGGCGGCAAGGUCGGCCCUGGAGCAGCAGGGGUCGGGGCUGGUGUAGGAGCAGCGGGGGGCGAGUCUCGCAUCCGUCGGCCCAUGAACGCCUUCAUGGUGUGGGCCAAGGACGAGCGCAAGAGGUUGGCCCUGCAGAACCCCGACCUGCACAACGCCGUGCUCAGCAAGAUGCUGGGCCAGUCGUGGAAGGCACUGAGCACCAUGGACAAGCGGCCCUUCGUGGAGGAGGCCGAGAGGCUGCGUCUGCAGCACAUGCAGGAUCACCCCAACUACAAGUACAGACCCCGCCGCAAGAAGCAGGCCAAGAAGAUGAAGCGCGUGGAGCCCAACCUGCUGCUCCACGGCCUGGGCCAGGGCAUGGGAGGAGGCCCCCUGGGGGCGGAUGGCUACCCCCAUCACUCCCACCACCCGCACCACCCCCACCACCACCACUCGCUGCUGGGCUUCCGGGAUCCUCACUCGGAGCUGGAGAGCUAUGGGCUGCCCACGCCCGAGAUGUCCCCGCUGGACGUGCUGGAGGAGGGCGGAGGGGGAGACGCCAGCGUGUUCUUCCCGCCGCACAUGCAGGAGGACGGAGGAGCCCUGGCGCCGUGGGUGAACUACCACCACCACCACCAGCACUCCUCCCACCACCAGCACCACUCCCACUCCCACUCCCACUCCCAGCAGCAGCACCAGCACCAGCACCAGCAGCAACAGCAUGUUCCACACCACGCCGCUGCUGGCACCGGCAACCCCCCUCUCCACCUCAGCCACAACGGCCACAACCACAACCACAACCCCCACGGGCCCAUGAGUCCACACAUGCACCCCACCCACCCUUCCUCCCACUCCCACUCCCCCGCACACCCCCAUCUUGGUCAGAAGUCUCCCCUGGCAUGCCGCCCGGGCCCGGUCCAGGAGUCCAAGUGCCUACCCCAGGAGACGUCUUCCACCACGAACGCUCACCCUCUCUCCACCCACGGCCACCCACACUACCCACCGACGGCAGCCUCCAUGGGGCUGUCCGAACCCACCAAAGCCCCUCUAAGCGGCAGCACCACCAGCUCCACCUCUGGCAGCCCGGUCGGAUACUAUAGCCAGCUGUACGGCAACACUCCCCAGGCAGCCUUCCCCUCACACCUGGGCCAGCUCUCACCACCUCCAGAGGCCCCCGCCGCAGCAGCCUCCGCUCCCCAGUCCCAAGCACCCCAGGCUGGCAUGGACUCUGUGGACCAGCUGGGUCCCUCCUCAGAGUUCUGGGGGGAGGUGGACCGGCAUGAGUUCGACCAGUACCUAAGCGCCAGCCGGACUCGUCUGGGGGAGGGGGUUUACGGUGGUCUAGUCCUACCCAAACACGGCGGUGGGAUGGUGAGGCACUCGUCGUGCGAGGACAGCAGUCCCCUCAUCUCUGCUCUGUCGGAUGCAAGCAGUGCUGUCUACUACAGUGCCUGCAUCACUGGAUAAACAAACACCAACGCACACUCACACAAAAUAUAUAGACAUACUCUUUUUCUUUUUUCCCUCGACCUGUCUUUAUAGGAUCUAUUUUUUCACUUUUCUGCAACUCUUUACAGUAGGAUUUUCUUCUUUUUUUAGCUCUUUCUCUCCCUACUUUUGAGUUCUCAUCACAAGCUAAAACCACUACAGUGCCUUGGUCACUGAUGAACAAUUUAGUUUUCCUUCUUUAUUUUCAUUGUCCACCACAGCACUCUUUUUUUCUCAGGCUCAGGUAAAUGUCUGCUACUAAUGCUAGCUCUCCCAUGCUAGCAGUCCUUAUCUCAACACAGUCCAGUUCAUCUGGCUAUUGUGUUUUAUCUCUCAAAGACUGCUUUAAACCACACAAGUAAAAUCCGAUUUUUAUGAUCUUUCUUUUCUCACCAAGAGAGACCACAGCGGCUAAAACUGCCUUUUCCUGUGGACUGGAAAGUUACAGAGGAGAUCGCUUUCCAAGUCCCUGGCUAGAUUUUUGGGUUGCCCAGCUCUGCUCUAUAAUCUACUUCAGGUUACUGUGGGUCUCAAGUGGCUUUUUGUCAGUCCAGUAAAUCAGUGUGCGAGUCCUACCGUGGGUCCAGUGGCAGAUAUUUUUUGUUUUUAAAUGUGAAUCUCUCUGACCAUAUGUGUUUAUGUGUGUGUCAUUUUUUAUUUCUUUCUUCGUUUGCUCUAAGUGUCUCAUAUCGCUGUGUAUAAUAUUUUUUUGUGUAUGAGAGACUUAAAUGUAUUCAAGAUAUUUGCACUGGGUACCCCCUGAAGCCACCCUGUUUGAAAUGUAUGUGAAACCACUGUCUGUUUGUCGUUUUUUAUUUUCUUCAUUAUGUCUCAUCUCAAAUUCGCUCCAUUGGGGAGUUAAAGUUUCAUCUCAGUAUUUUUUUUUCUCUCCCCGAGUAGUGAUAUAUGUCUUUUAAGAGGAGGAUAAGUAAACAUUUGUCUCUGUUCAUAAAGGAAUGUAAAUUAUUUCUUGUUUGUCAUAAACGUCUCUCAUGGCUUGGAUUUGGACUGGAGCAUUUGGUUUGUUUGUACAUGAAGAAUAUUUCUGAAGUCUCCAAGUCAGCUUUUGAGACAUAUGUCAGGACUGGUAAUAACAUCGGAGCUUUUGGUAAUAAUUAUCUUCAAAUAAAAAGAGUUUGCAAUAAAAAAAAUAUCUCUCUGAGCUAUUAAAUCAAAACAAUUAAAUUGAAAACACACAAUUGUAAAUAGCAUUUCAACAAAAUUCUUUCCCACACCACAGAUUGCAUGUGUUUAUGUUUGUCCCUAAAUGUUAUAUCUGUAAAUAUAUAUUCUGGGUUUUUUUUGUAAUGAAUGGAGACAUUUGUACAUGAUGUUCUUUUUUGGGGGUAUUUGAUAAAAUAAA